AGCCUGAGCCAACUUCCCAUAUCUUAGUUUUGGUCAACAGACAAAAGCAGUAGUGCUCCCUUAAACACCAAAAACCCUGGUUUUUGUGUGAUAAGUUGUAAUGGGGUUCAGAGAAGCGGUGUUGUUAGGGUUUGUGCUUCUCUUCUCAGGUGGAAAUCUUUGUGCUGCUUCACAAAACUUUAGCAUCAAUGAAACUCUGAACCAAACCCUACAAGAAGAAGUGACACAGCUGCCAAGAUCCCCACAGAUAAGAGAUCAUCAGUCAAACCGGGCGGAGCACGGUGAUCCCGUCCGUUCUCCUGUCACCUACCGGCUCAAAACCUACCAGCUCAGGAAGCCAGCUGUUAGCGCUGACAAACAGAAACCUCUCCGGCCUCUUUCAGAGCAAACUUUUCAAAACCAGCAGAGAUCGGAGGCAAGAGAGCUGACCCCAGAGCUGCUGGAGCUGAGGGGAACAGACCAAGUUCAAAAGUUGAUUCAAGGCCCAAAUCUGAACCCAACAGUCAAGCAGAAAUCAAAGGUGCUGGUGAAGUUUGAGCAGAGGGUGCCUGUAUCAGCUGACAGCGUGGCAGUGCGCUGUGGUGAAGGAGAGGUCACCAUAGAGGUCAAACAGAACUUCUUAGGAAACGGUCAGUUGAUCCAUCCAAGAGAUCUGACCUUAGGAGGCUGCGCCGCACUAGACACCGCUGACCACAUCCUGCAGUUCCAGACGGUGCUACAGGGCUGUGGCAGCACAAUGAGGAUGACAGAGCAGGCCCUCAUCUACAGCUUCUCUCUGAUGUACUCUCCAACACCCAUCGGCAACACCUUCAUUUUUAAGACCAACCCUGCUGAGGUGGUAAUUCAAUGCCACUAUCAAAGGAGGCAUUAUGUGAGCAGCACCGCCAUGAAGCCUAACUGGAAGCCGUUCGAAGCCACAGUCUUAGCAGAGCGGCAGCUGCACUUCUCCCUGCGUCUCAUGACAGAGGACUGGCAGUCACAGCGGCUCUCCAGUGUUUACUUCCUGAGUGACGUGAUGCACAUCGAGGCGUCGGUUCUUCAGGGUCACCAUGUUCCAAUGAGGGUCUAUGUGGACAGCUGCGUGGCCACCGCGAGCCCCAACCCCAAUUCUCAACCCAGAUACCCCUUCAUCAAAAAUUAUGGGUGUUUAACUGAUGCUAAGCUGACGGGAGCCAAGUCUUACUUCAUGCAGAGAAGCCAGGAGGAUAAACUUCAUUUCCAGCUGAAAGCCUUCAGGUUCCACCAAGAUCACAGGAAUUCACUCUACAUCACAUGUCACCUGAAAGCAACAACCGUCUCUGUUCCCAUCGACUCGCAACACAAAGUCUGUUCAUUCUUGACUGAAGCCAACAGAUGGGUGGCAUCAGGUGGAGACAAUGAAGUGUGUAGCUGCUGUGAGACCAGCUGCAGCAAGCAGAGACAGAAAAGAAGCCUUGCAGCAGAUACUGAAGGUCUUUCUCCAGGUCUGCAGUGGGAGGGAACAGCUGCUCUGGGGCCCAUCCUCCUGGAGGAGAACAUUGUGCGAAAUGAGCUGACGGAGCUGUCCGAGUUUCCUCCAGAGUCAUCCUCUCUGCUCCACAAACUUGAAGUGAUUCAAGGAGCCUCCUGUCCGUCGAUAGCCCUGCUGUGUGGAGUGGGAGCAGCGCUGGCUGUGGUGUUGCUUUUUUUCAUGGGUACGGCCAUUUGCAGCAGACUACGCAAACCAGCUGGAUACUCUGUUUGCACCUGAUUUAGGACAAUAAAACAUUUAUAACCAA